AUGAUAAAAUUACUAUCUUUUAUUAUAUUGGUAUGCUAUCUAUUCUACUUCUGUAAUUGUGGAACAUUACCACCUUCACAAGCAAAUGAACAAACAUUGAUAACAACAUUAUUAAGUGGAUAUAAUAAAAAUAUAAGACCAGAUGACCAAGUAUCUAUUUAUAUCACUGCUUCAUUGCAACAAAUUGUGACUAUAGAUGAAAAACAACAAAUAAUGACAUCAAGUUCAUUUAUUUCACAAACAUGGUUUGAUGAUCGACUAUCAUGGAAUACAAGUGCUUCAAAUAAUAUUGAAGUAGUUAUGCUACCGGUUAAAAGUAUAUGGAUACCAGAUACAAUGAUAUUGAAUUCAGCAGAUGCAAGUGGUUAUCUUACAGUGAGUGAUUAUAGUUUGGCAUCUGUCGACAGCACAGGUCAAGUGUAUAUGAUAUUACCAGCAUUAACAAUAAGAACAAGAUGUAACUUUUAUGUUCAAAAGUUUCCAUUUGAUAAACAAAUAUGCAGCAUCAAUCUAACAUCAUGGAGUCAAGGAUACAAUAGAAUCAUAUAUGCAGAAAAUCGUAGUUUAGUAAUUGAUACUAGUGGAUAUAGUGAACAUCCUUUAUGGAAAUUAUAUGAUACAGAUUUGAUUGUAAUUAAUGCAUCAGAUAGGGCACCAUUUGAAGAAACUUAUAAUGCUAUAAUAUCAAUACAAUUAUUUCUACAAAGAAAACCUUUAUUUUUUAUGAUGAAUGGUAUAUUUGCAUGUUUGAUUUUAAAUUGUGUUACGUUGUUAUCAUAUGCAUUACCGUUUGCACCACAAAUUGGUCUAUGUAUGACAUGUUUUAUGACAUAUUCUGUUUAUUCACUAAAUUUCUCCAAUCUAUUUCCGCAACAGUCUCAAUAUUUAAUGACGAUUACAUUAUACUUUUUAUUAUCAAUUUGUUGGACACUAUUAUCAAUGACAUGGUUUGUCAUAUAUAAUUAUUUUACAACAAAAGCUGAAAUGCCAAAGUUACUUUAUGAUUUUUGCGGAUUAUUGCAAAGAAUAUUUUGUUAUUGCUUUCCACUACCCAAACAAGAUGGCAAUACAAAUCAAAAGAAGAAUGCUGUUGCUGACAGUGGUGAGAACCAAAAUAUGAAAUCAAAAUGCGACUUCUGUAACAGAUGUGAUUCAUGCCAAUCUGAUUUUGAUAAAGAGAAAGCAAAAGGCAAAAAUAAAAAGGAAAUUGAAGCUAGAUGCAAUGCCUUAAAUUAUUUGGUCUUUCUUUUUCUAUUAUUAUGUAUGUUUAUUUCUAACUUGGCUGUAUGGAUUUCAAUGUCACAAUAA